AUGGAAGAUUCAGCACCAUCAUCAAGUGGCGAUCUCAAACAGCAACAUUCAUCUGACUAUAGAAUUUCGACGACUGAACAAUCAUCAAUACCACCGUGUGCUAAACAAAAAGCUAUGGGAUCAACACCGAUAUUGACGAAUACUACGCAAACAUUUACGUCUGUAACAGAAUUUGAUUCCUCCUUGAAAUGUGGUAUCGAUUGGAGUGGAAGUGCUCAUUUUGCAUCACACUGUUGGUUCCCUUAUUCGUCGAAGAACUCAAGUGAUCUCACAUUAACUCUAGCAGCAUGCAGCCACACUGGUGAUCCACCGCUCGUGCAAUGUGCAGUAUGUAGCCUGAGAUUGUAUGCAACUGACUGCUCAGGCUCACCCAAGGCAGCAGUAAAUGUUGAUCGUGAACUUCCACCAUGUCGUCCGUCAUUUUUUAAUAGUAAUACGACAGCGGAUAUCAGUGUACAUGAUCAACAUUACUGGUCGUAUGUACCAGCGCUGAAAGAACGAUGUAUGCAGUGCAAUCGAAAGUCUUUGUCACGUCCUUUCUACGACACUGGCAAUCGAAUUUCAACCUUACCCACAAUCGAUCACAAGACGAGAGAUGGUCUGAUAACAAAUCAUACGAAGAAAAUUUUAGAAGAAAAUGUGGGGAAAAAAUCGAGUAAUCUUGUAUGUUUGUGGUGCUUACGAAGCUGUCACCGACAAUGUUGGAAUAGUAUGUCAGAUAAUGAUAGAAAAAGUAAAUGCGACUAUGGUACAUUCGGAAAUAUCAUUGUUCGACCUCAAUGGCUACGACGCGUGGUAGGUUCUGUAAGUGGUUUUCGUGCAGAGCUCAUCGAUAAUGAAGGAACGGAUACUCUCUCACCUAAACCUGUUGUUUUCUUCAUCAAUAAGCUUUCAGGUGGUCAAAAGAGCGGAGAAGUAUAUCGUCAACUUGUUCGUCGACUCAAUCCUCGUCAAAUAUUUUUACUUGAAAACGAUGCCACGAUUACACAAGCUAUGGACAUCUAUUCUUCUCUAGCUAACCUUCGUAUAUGUGUGUGUGGGGGUGAUGGAACUGUUGGUUGGGUAUUGAGUUGUCUUCUCGAAAUCUUUCCAACGUUAGAAAAUCCACCAGUGACCAUAUGUCCAUUGGGGACAGGUAAUGAUCUAUCUCGCGUUUUAGGUUGGGGUAAACAAUACGAUAUUAAACAACUAUUCAGAACAGUUCCUCAAAUCUUUGAUGCCCAACCGGUAGCGCUGGAUCGCUGGAAAAUUAACUUUGAAGCAUUGGAAACGACAACUGCGACAUCGAAUCAAGAAAAUCCGGCUGUUCCUCAAUGUCUUUGCUUUCCUAUCGGUCACCCAAAAUUCGUCCGCCGUACAAAUCUGCCUAUGUACGAAAAUCAUCUGAAACCGGUCAAUAAGUACUUUUUCAGUCAUCUCAGUUUUGGAUUGGAUGCAGCAAUUGCACUCGAUUUUCACAGUCGUCGAAUGCGUGAUCCAUCUCGAUUUACGUCGCCAUUGAAAAAUAAGAUUCACUAUUUAAGUGAAAGUCGAAAAUAUUUCAAGGAGUUCUUUUUCGCUGACGCAUGGAAUUUAAGUUUAUACGUGAAAUUAAUUUGUGACGAUCAAGAUCUGACAGAUUCGAUUCGAUCUUGUCAUACGUUAGUUUUGAUGAAUAGUCCAGGCUAUGCAGCUGGUACAAAUCCUUGGAACAGUUCAUUGAUGAAUAGAAACGAUGAACUGUCAACUGAUCAAACUACGAUAAAUUCUGAUUUAACCACUGAUUCGCCAACAAGUGCUAGUGGAUUUACGAGACAGUGUUAUGGUGAUAGAAAGAUUGAGGUGAUUGGUUUAAGUACAAAACAGAUGGCUUUCAUUCAUCUAGGUUUCCAAGGCCAGCGUAUCGCUCAGUGUAGUGAAGUACAUCUCGAACUUAAUCAUCCGAUGUCUGCUCAAAUGGAUGGUGAACCAUUUUUUCUAGCGGAACCGACCGUUGUGAAAAUUACACAUGCUGGACAGGUAUUUGUUUUGAGAAAUGAACAUAGAUAG